AUGGGGGUGUCAGCCAUUGACGAACAGCGCCAGGCUAUUUUGGAUGCCAUAAAGUCAAUCACUCGAGGCGACUGGAAGGUGCUCGUCAUCGAUGAGGCGACCAAAAAGAUUGUGUUUAGUGUCCUGAAGGAAGAUGACAUUCUCAACGAGAAUAUCGCCAAUGUGGAAACACUCGAAAGCAGGAGGGAAAUGAAUCCAGGCAUGGAUGCCAUAUACCUCCUAUCACCCGAACCACAUGUUGUCGAUUGUUUGUUGGCAGAUUUCGAACGUCGAAGAUAUCGCAAGUCAUUCCUAGUAUGGGUCGCCCUUCUCGAUCCAACGAUGCGCCGGCGUAUCGAUUCCUCCAGACAAGCACAAGAACAAUUGGGCGGAUGGGAGACUCUAUCCAUAGAUUUCUAUCCACGCGAGUCGCAUCUAAUAACAUUCAGAGACCCUUGGAGUUUUCCCAUCUUAUUCCAUCCAGCAUGCGCUCCUUUGGUGCGCGAUCAUAUGCAACUUCUAGCGCAAAAGAUCACUGGAAUCUGCGUUUCUCUGGGAGAAUCCCCGAAAAUACGUUACUAUAGACCCAAGAAUCCUACACAUGAAGCAGCGGUUCUUUGUUCUCAUCUAGCCAGAUUUGUUCAGGAGGAGCUUGAUGCGUACCAACAAUAUAACCCCAGUUUCCCACCGCAAUCUAAUCGACCUCAAGGUGUUCUACUCAUAACAGACAGAUCAAUGGACACAUUAGCACCAAUACUGCACGAAUUCACAUACCAAGCCAUGGCACACGACCUCCUUCCAAUCAAAGACCACGAUAAAGUCACUUACACAACUGUGUUGAAUGAAGGGACUGCGCAAGAAGAAGAAAAAGAAAUGGAAAUCACUGAGAAAGAUAAGAUUUGGGUAGAAAAUAGGCACCAGCAUAUGAGUAAAACUAUCCAGAAGUUAAUGAGCGAUUUCAAGAAGUUCAUCGCAGAUAAUCCACAUUUCGCAAAUCAAGAUGCGGAAAAUGUCAAUAUCAGUCAAAUCAAAGAUAUCCACGGACUGGACGAAGAUUACCGAAAACCCAAGGAGAUGGGUGCACAAGUUGUUCGUCUAUUAGAUAAUCCAGCUGUUGCUCCCAAGGAACGAUUACGACUUAUUAUACUUUAUGUCAUAUUCCGAGACGGAUUGAUUACGGAAGAUCUAGAACGUCUUUUACAUCAUUCUGGGCUUCCCCUCUCAGAAAUGAAUGAAAUCUUAAACCUAGAAUUACUAGGGGUACACACCACGAAGAAACUUACAGACUCGAAAACCAAAGCUGUACCAACUCCAUUAUUUCCACCAAAACCUAUACCUACUGUAAUCAACGAAGAACUUGCCCUGUCUCGAUAUGAAACCAAUCUCCAACGCUGUCUCGAAGAAAUCACCAAAGGGACUUUAGAUCCAAAUAUCUUCCCUUACACAAGACCUCCCACUGACCCGUCUGAGGAAAUGGCUCUUCAAUCACAAGCUUCGCUUCGUAGCGCCAAGCCUACAUGGGCUCGUGGGCGUAGUACCACCCCAGAUAACAUGCAAAGAAUUAUUGUUUUCAUGGCAGGUGGAGCUACUUACUCAGAAGCAAGAGCUUGCUAUGAAAUUUCAAAGGAUUGCAACAGAGAUGUAUUCUUAGCUACCUCACAUAUGCUCAACCCUAACUUGUUCCUGAAGCAAGUGGGAGAUUUGACGGCCGGAAGGAAGCAAUUAGAUUUACCAAUUGACAGACCAAAACCAAAAGCUCCGGCCUAUCUUUUCAAAGCUAACGAUCCGCCUCCUCCUCCACCCGUUGUCGCAUCACCCAGACCUCAAGUAGGACUUGGAUUACCGGGCGGACCAGGGAGUGCACCUGGAGGUGUAAGACCUGCGAGAAGCCCAGGGGCUCCGGCUCCGCCAAUGAAGAGUCCAGGAUAUGACAGUAAGCCUUUGGCUGCAGGAAUGCAACAGAUGUCUCUGAAUGGGGCAGGAGAUGGAGCAGGACAUUCCUCCGGUAAAUUGGAGAAGAAGAAAGGUGAGGAUGGAAAGGAGAAGAAGAAGAAGAUGGGAUUUUUCAGGAGUAAGAAAUGA